CUCUCUGUCAGCUACGCGAGUGAUGAGCGGCGUCGUGCGCUCGGUGAGGAAGGGCAUCUCGUGUCCGACGCUAGACUCGAACUGCACGCGCAUCGUGGAAAGCCACUCCUCGUGGAACAACUCCGUGAUGAGCGCGUACAGGCUGGUGGAUUUACCCCCCACGACCACAUCUGUUGCCAUGGUGGAAGAAUCCGUUUACCCUUUCCCAACAGUGGACGUGCCUGAUCAUGCUCAUUACACUAUUGGUGCUGUCAUCCUUACUGUUGGCAUUACUGGCAUGUUGGGCAACUUCCUGGUCAUAUAUGCAUUUAGCAGGAGCCGGACCCUGAGGACACCUGCCAACUUGUUCAUAAUAAACCUUGCCAUCACAGACUUCCUCAUGUGUGCCACCCAGGCGCCCAUCUUUUUCACCACCAGCAUGCACAAGAGAUGGAUCUUUGGAGAAAAAGGUUGUGAGUUGUAUGCAUUCUGUGGGGCUUUAUUUGGCAUCUGCUCCAUGAUCACUCUCAUGGUCAUCGCUGUGGAUCGAUAUUUCGUGAUCACGCGGCCUCUAGCCUCCAUCGGUGUAUUGUCUCAAAAGAGAGCUCUGCUGAUCCUUCUGAUAGCUUGGGCUUAUUCACUUGGCUGGAGCCUGCCACCCUUCUUUGGCUGGAGUGCUUAUGUUCCUGAAGGGCUGUUGACCUCUUGCACCUGGGAUUAUAUGACCUUCACACCCUCUGUGCGAGCUUACACUAUGCUCCUCUUCAUCUUCGUCUUCUUCAUUCCACUUAUCGUCAUCAUCUAUUGCUAUUUCUUUAUUUUCCGAUCCAUUCGCAGCACUAAUGAAGCUGUGGGCAAAAUUAAUGGCGAUAACAAGAGAGACUCAAUUAAACAAUUUCAACGGCUGAAAAAUGAAUGGAAGAUGGCGAAAAUUGCUCUUAUUGUCAUUCUCAUGUAUGUCAUCUCCUGGUCUCCAUAUUCAACUGUGGCACUGACAGCUUUUGCUGGGUAUUCUGAUAUGCUCACACCGUAUAUGAAUUCAGUACCUGCUGUGAUAGCCAAGGCUUCAGCAAUCCACAAUCCCAUCAUUUACGCCAUCACACACCCCAAAUACAGGUUGGCCAUAGCGAAAUACAUUCCGUGUCUUCGUGUGCUGUUGUGCGUUCCCAAGCGUGACCUCCAUUCGCUCCACAGCAGCUUUAUGUCCACACGUCGUUCCACCAUCACAAGCCAGUCCUCUGAUAUGUCUGGACAGUUUCGCAGAACCAGCACCGGCAAGUCCCGGCUCUCCUCAGCCUCCGACAGCGAAUCUGGCUGGACAGAUACUGAGGCCGAUCUCUCGAGCAUGAGCUCCAGGCCUGCCAGCCGGCAAGUGUCUUGUGACAUCAGCAAGGACACUGCAGAGAUCCCAGACUUCAAACCUUGUAACUCAUCCAGCUUCAAGUCAAAGCUCAAAAGCCAUGACUCGGGCAUCUUUGAAAAGAGUUCCUCUGAUGUGGAAGAUGUGUCUGUGGUAGGACUCAUUCAGCCGGACCGUACUAACCCUUUAGCUGCUGGUGACGGUACAGACAUGCCAAUUUCAAGAGGUGCGAUUGGUCGGAUUCCCAGUAUUGUCAUCACCUCUGAGUCUAGCUCUUUCCUGCCCUCGGUACGGCCCAGCUACAGAAGCAGCCGCUCAAGUGUGUCCAGUGCUGGGGCAAAUCCACCCAGGAGAGACUCUCGUGGAGGAGUCCAGCAGGGGGCAGUGCAUCUCUCCUCUGCGGCUGAAACCCAUGAGUCCGCUCACUUAUUAGACAACCCUCACCCUCAGUAUCUCUAGUGCUUAUACCUCUUCACUCGCCGUGUAAAUCUUACCUUCAAGCUUUGUGUUGAGGUUUAGUGUUUUUGUGAGUUAUCCUGUUCUGUGGUUUAGACCUUUAGUAAGGGGAACUUGAAAUGAAGAGAGAUUAAUCAGUGCUCUGUAUCACAGAAUGUAAAAUAUGAAAGUCUGAGAGAAAUCUUAAACAGCACAAGCCACAGAAUGCAUAAGCCUGGAGCAGGGACACAUCAUUAUCUCGCUAAAUCACACCAACAGAGAAUGCGCAACUUAUGUCAUGCAUGCUGUGUGUGUUUGCUUCAAUCUAUCAUCGAGAUGAAUGACCCUAAUGAAUAUUGGUCACA